UCGAUGACCUGUGAGUUCAGCCGGUGCCUCACGGGCGUUCUGUGAUUGGCUGCUGUGUAGUCGGGUCGCAGUGAUUGACGAGAGGAAGGAAACAUGGCUGCCGAACCGAGUAAAGCGGAUAUUCAAGCGGUGUUUAGACGGCUCCGGGCGGCACCGCCUAACAAGUCUUGUUUCGAUUGCGGUGCGAAGAAUCCCAGCUGGGCCAGCAUCCCCUAUGGCGUGUUCCUAUGCAUCGACUGCUCCGGCAUCCACCGCUCUCUGGGGGUUCACCUCAGCUUCAUUAGGUCUACGGAGCUCGAUUCCAACUGGAGCUGGUUCCAGCUGAGGUGCAUGCAAGCAGGUGGAAACGCCAACGCCAAUGCCUUCUUCCACCAGCAUGGCUGCACUACCAGCGAUACCAACGCCAAGUACAACAGCCGCAGUGCUCGGAUGUAUCGGGAGAAGAUCAGACAGCUAGCCAGUUCAGCCAUGGCUCGCCACGGCACUGAUCUGUGGAUAGAUGGAAUGACCUGCGCCGUUUCAAACUCGCCAGAGAAGAGGGACUCUGAUUUCUUUACGGAGAUGACCCAGCCUGGCUCGUGGGAUGCGAUGCCAGUGGUAGAACCGCCACCGGAGAAGGGUCCUGCAGAAGCGAGACCAGCGAGCGCCCCCGAGAACAGCGAUUCUCAAAAUCCAGAAACCGGUCCCAGCGUUGAUAUUCUGAGCACAUCGCCAAAAGCCACAGUGGACAGGGCUAUGUGCCUUUCAGUCCAGGAGCUGACUCCGAGUGCAGAAGUCAAGCCUACUCUUAUUGGAAAGAAGAAACCGGUCGCCGCUAAGAAAGGGCUUGGUGCAAAGAAAGGUCUCGGUGCCCAGAAGGUGAGCAGUCAAAGCUUUAACGAGAUCGAGCGAAAAGCGCAGGUCGCAGAAAAACUCCGAGAGCAGCAGGCAGCCGAACUGAGAAAAGAAGCCGAGGAGUCUCUUGUUACCUCCAUGAGGCUGGCCUACCAAGAGCUACAGGUGGACCGCAAGAAGGAGGAGAAAAGGCUGCAGAAUCUGGAGGGGAAGAAGCGCGAGCAAGCGGAGCGAUUGGGGAUGGGUCUGGGUCCCCGCAGUGCCAUCUCGCACUCCGUCCUCUCCGAGAUGCAUGUGAUCGAACAGGAGACUCCUGUGGCUACCAAAUCCUCACGAUCUCAGCUUGACCUAUUAGAAGAUUCCAGCUUCACCUCUGGACCCCCCAAGUAUAAGGACAACCCAUUUUCACUGGGGGAAGGAAUUACUCCUCGGUGGGAGAGUGAGAAUUCAUGGGGGUCUUCUGAUAAGAAUGAGGAGGAGGGAGAGGUGACGAUCUCCAGCAUUCAGCCGGUACGCGACCGACCUGCAAACAGAAGAAAACCUGAGGCCGCCCCGGCGCCAGAAUCCAACGAGGCUCGGGCGAAAUUUUCCAGCGCUAAAGCGAUCUCUUCGGACAUGUUCUUUGGGAGAGAGCAGGACGCGGAGUAUGAAGCCAGGUCCCGUUUGCAGCAGCUCUCUACCAGCAGCUCUAUCAGCUCUGCAGACCUCUUCGGAGACCCUGAUUCUGCUAAUGCAGCCGCUGGAGUGUCGUUGGGUAACGUUAUACCGUCUGCAGACAUGACCCACUUCAAGCAAGGUGUGAAGUCCGUGGCUGGCAAGAUGGCGGUUCUGGCAAACGGUGUCAUGAACACUUUGCAGGAUCGUUACAGCUCCUAUUAACGCAGCAGCCGGAAGCGACAUGGAACCGUUCACCUCUGUAGCGUCGGUGGUCGUGCGUUGUAGGGGUUAGCGGGAAUGAUGGGUCUGAAGAAAAGAAUAUGUGCCCCUCCAGGCCAUUGAGAUGACCCGUUUUUUUUUUAAUGGAAUGACUGCUUCAGUAUUUGAAAACCAUGUCUGCUGUUGGACUAUAAACCCUCUCUCUGCAGUAGCUGCGGCUGCUUAAACCCGUUGGCUGCUCCUGUCCUCCCCGUAGCUUUCUGAUGCCCCCCCCCCUUUUUACUGAGGGAUUGUGCUUUUAAUUUAACGUUGUGUGGGGUGGUUAUUCAUGUUUUCUUAUGCAGGGACAGGACAGAAUCACUUAUCUAGCAUGUAAUGCCUGCUUAGACUGGGGCAUGGGGAAGGGGGGGAUUUAAAGAUGGCGAGGGGAGGACACCCCCAUUUUAGAAAUUUUAAUGUCUUACCUAUUUGUCGGUGGCUCCAAACUUUCAUCGCCUGGGAAUCGUGUUCUCUGUCCACCCGCAGCCUGUGAUUGCACAAAGUCGCUGAGACUUUCUCGCUGUCCCAGGGAAGCUGUGACCGUGUUGGACUCUCCGAAUGACUCCGGAGAACUGCAUGUGUAUUUAUUGGCUCUCUUUGCAAUGGCAUUCACCUCUUUGGAGGUCCCAGGCUUGGCCCACCCAUUGCCCCCUUUUAACACAGAUCAGUUCUUUGGCACAUCGUGUUUGGUGAUAACCAGUAAAAGAAUUUAAAUAAAAUUACAGAGGUGCCAUGGA